CCCAGCGCGGGACCAGACACAAAGCGGAUCAGCCUGGGGGCGGGGGCCGACCUGCGGGACUCUCCCUCCAGCACCGGCCUUCAGCCACCCCUCCCUUAGGACCCUGCGGACACCACGCCCCGCGUCCACGCCCUCUCCUCAAGCCCCCCCACCCCUAAAAAGAAGAAAAGUCCCAGACCCGGCGUCCCAGGACCAGAAGACCUGCCACAGGGCAGCCAGUGGAGACAACCCGACCACAGAGACUGACAUCGCGACAGGACCCGCCCCUCUGCCUCCACCUCUCCCGAACCUCUGCUGCUUGGCCGCCCCGCCAAGUGCUGGGGGCCGGCGCGCCUGUCACGCUCCAGCAGGGGGACCCUCGGCUACGCAGUCAGCUGGCGCCCGCGUAGAUGGCGAGGAGCCCCCACGGCCUCCUGAUGCUCCUGCUGCUGCACUACUUAAUGGUCGCCCUGGAUUAUCAUAAGGCAAAUGGACUUUCUGUAUCAAAAGACCACCAAGAAGUUACAGUAAUAGAGUACCAAGAGGCUAUUUUAGCUUGUAAAACCCCAAAGAAGACGACCUCCUCCAGAUUAGAGUGGAAGAAACUGGGACAGGGUGUCUCCUUGGUUUACUACCAACAGGCUCUGCAAGGCGACUUUAAAGAUCGUGCUGAGAUGAUAGAUUUCAAUAUACGAAUCAAAAAUGUUACAAGAAAUGACGCCGGAAAGUAUCGCUGUGAAGUCAGUGCUCCAUCUGAUCAAGGCCAAAACCUGCAGGAAGAUACAGUCACCCUAGAAGUCUUGGUGGCUCCUGCAGUUCCUUCCUGUGAAGUGCCCACUUCUGUCAUGAGUGGGAGUGUUGUAGAGCUGCGGUGUCAAGAUAAAGAAGGAAACCCCGCUCCUGAAUACACAUGGUUUAAAGACGGCACCAGUUUACUAGGGAACCAAAAGCUUGGCAAACACAACAGCUCAUACACAAUGAAUACAAAAUCUGGAAUUCUGCAAUUUAACAUGAUAUCCAAGAUGGACAGUGGAGAGUACUACUGCGAAGCCCGUAAUUCUGUCGGACACCGCAGGUGCCCCGGGAAACGAAUGCAAGUAGAUGUUCUCAACAUAAGUGGCAUCAUAGCAGCUGUAGUAGUUGUGGCCUUCGUGAUUUCUGUAUGUGGCCUUAGUGUGUGCUAUGCUCAGAGAAAAGGCUACUUUUCAAAAGAAUCUUCCUUCCAGAAGGGCAGUCCUGCAUCUAAAGCCAUGGCAAUGAGUGAAAACGAUUUCAAGCACACAAAAUCCUUUAUAAUUUAAAAGAAUUCCACUUUCAAGAUGCGCCAAAACCAGUUGUCACACAAGUUAUUAAAAUAUUAUAAAAAUCUGCUUUGUCUUACAUUUGCAAAGAGAUGAAUGAGGAAAUGACAUCAUAAUUUUUAUGACCUCUAGUUUACCUAAAAUUGUUAUUUUAAGCAAAUAGUUCUUGUCACCACUUAAAACACAGUCUGGCAUCCUGUGUCUGAACUAAAGAAAAGUGAAAUACCUGGUAAUAUUCAGAGUUUUGUGAAAUGCAAAUGAAUGUUCAAAGUUUUAGAAAAUUUAAUAUACCAUGGACUGUGAAACUAACCUAAGAGGCAAGUAUACAAUGCAUGUGCUCUCCGUGCAAGAGUGGCUGUGUAUUCAGGAAAUACUCUAAAGAUGGAAACUCUGAUCUCAAAAUUCCCACCAGAACCUUCUUACCACAAAAUAGCCCUUAUUCCUGUGGUCCUUUGCUCUAAGAUAUCCGUAAGGGAAGCCCAGGGCUCAGGCCUACUAGGCCCAAGGAUUUGCACUUCGUGUUUACUUUCACUUCUCAGAACCAAAGUCAACACGAAUUGAGCUGCUUGCUGCUAUUUCCAUUUCCUGAACCUCCUUUGGAGAGGCUCAGUGACCUGGACAUCAGACACACUAUUAGAACCUACACAACUUCGCAGACACCUUGCUCUGCCUGAGGUGAUCUUAUACCUAUCUCUAAAAGCAGUUCUGAGCUGGGCAGGUCCCCCACUGCUGAAGAUAAGGGGUUGCCAAUCUGCUUAUAAUGAAAAAGGGACAUGGGGGAGAGAAGUGUUUGAGUAUCUGUAAAAUGUAAACAAAUGAGCUCAUUUUGACACCCAGCUUGCUUGAUACAGCAAGGGCACAUGAGAAACCAUGGCUAAAAAGAGACAUGGGUCUCAUGCUUUCUGAGAUGUUUAAACACAAAGGCCAGCAGCUGAUGUCCGAAUAUAAAAUUCCCAGGGUUCAACAGUAAAACCAAUCCAUGUUGAAAGCAUGUAAAUGGAGAUAUCUAGUUCUGGGUAAUAUCAUGAAAAGGUUUACUCCUUGUGAACAGCUCUGAACAUGGUCCAGUUGGCUUCCAAAGAAUUUGUUCUUUUUACCCGAAAGGCAAAGCAGGUUCUCAGGAUUCACUGACCAAUGGAGUAGGUGGUCACUGAGUACUUAAUAGUGGUCAGGUCACUGGGGAGUUGUCCACUGUCGUGCUGCUCCCCUUUAACUUUGUGGCCUUCAGUCCUUCUCAGUAGACUCCUUCUAAAGGUCUAGCUUCUAUAAUGUGGCUCUGCUCUCAAGGUCAGAUUCACACUUAGUUGAGCCAGCAAACUCUACAAAGAACAAGACAGUAGAUAUUUUAACCCCCAUGGUUCCUGUUGUGGUCACUCAGCUCUGUCACGUGAUGUAAAGGACAAGUUACAUGUGGCUCUGUUCCAAGAAAACAUUAAUUGACAAAAUCAGUGCCAUAGGUAGGAUUUGCCCACAGGUACAAUCUCCCCAUUCCUGGUAGCAAAUGACAAACACCAAAAAUGUGUGGUGUAUAAGAAAUCAGGGUAAAUGUUGCCUAUGCCCUGACUAAGAGACUUGCUUUGGUAGAAGGAAUCCUGUCCUCUGCAGUGCCAAGUAGACAUAGAACUCUCAAGGAUGUCUCCUCAGGCCAUAUACCACCAUCACAAGAUCAACUGCUUCAACUUAAAUGACAAAUCCAGUGUAAGAGGACAAUUAUGUAGUGCCUUAACUUCACUUAGACACUGAAGCCUGAAGAUUCUUUUUAUGCAAUGAAAAACCCUAACAAAGUCUGUGCCAAAUAUCUAUUACACAGCAUUAACUAAAAUACUGUAGAGCUAUCUUCUACACGAAGGCUAUAACUGCAAACACCCACCUAGUUGUCUAUCAGCGGUCACUGCCAUGUCCAUUUGCUCUUUUCUGAGACUCAGUGUAUCAAAGUUGAAUUGUAGUUUAUGUAGUUUAUCGAGCAAACUUUUGAUUUUGUUUUUCUACAGUGAACCUGUGAUGGGGCUCUAGAAACUAUAGUAACAACUUUUGUUUUAGUAUUGUUGCUGUUGUAACUAGAGCCAAUUUAUUUUUAGUUAGGGUGGGAGUUAGCUUAACUAAGUCUGAGUAUUUAUUUUUCAAUACAACUUUACAAAGAACUUCCUUUAUUGUAAGGCUCACUUUUUGAUUAAAGUCCACAUUACAAAAAUAGCUACAGGCAGCUCAACUUUUUAGCCCCAUUCAACAGAGCAGGGGAAGUCACUCACCUAUUGUUCAGUAAAGCCCAGGAAACCCUCCCUCUUACCACCUGCAGCUGUGAGGCCGUGCUACAGAGUUAAGAUGAGGAUCUCAGUGCUCAGCUUAGACACCUGCCAACUCCUAAAGUCAGAAAAUAAAAAGGGAAAACUUACUGGAUGCUUUAUGUAUGUCAGAGAUCGGGGAUAAGGAAGUGCAAAGUCCCAUUCCUCUUCUAAGAGGAAUCAAGAGGAGUCUGUCGUUUUACAGAGUUGGUGAUUUCGGGUUUCAGUGCUGUUGCUGGAGGAGCUGGGUUCUUUGUGAACACACAUCCACCUGAUUCACAGCUCACUUUUUCUUCAUUUCAAAUUCUCCAGAUCCCUAUACUUUGUCUUCAUCCUCAGUAACCUCUGGCUUGUCCAACCCUCCCUGGUCCUCAAACCUACCUGUCUUCUAUCCAUUCUGUCAAGGUAGGCAACCUUAUGCUUCCACAUCUCUGACCUGGUAUUUUUAAAUGUCUCUUACAAAGUUACAUUUCCAAGCAUAUUUCAUUUUGGUUGAUUAUCAACUCCCAUCUCCUUCCCCCUUUCCUGCUGUAGGGCCCUCAUGGCCCUGGGUAUUCUUCCAUUCCAUCCUAUUGUCUUCCUCUUAAGCCUCUACCCAUGAGUUCAUUCUACCUCCCACCUAGAUAAACAUACUCAGCAGCAAAAAGCUAGAACCCACUCAAGAACUAUGACAUCUGUUUGAGUCCAAUCCUUUCCAGUGCCAUCCAUUUUCUGGCAAUUUCAUUUGACUUCAUGGCUGAAUAAAACUGUUGUAACUUUUUGUUUUUAAAUGCUAAAGUUAGUUAUAAACAAUGUUACAUGUAAAUUCUAGCUACACAACCAACCCAUCCCUAACUUUCUCCAUCUUUAACCACCCCAUGGUGCCAUUAAAACUGGAAUCUUAGGCUUUCGGUAACCUCACCUUUUCUUUCUGGGGCCACUCUCAAGAACCUCUGCCAGUUACCUAACAGCUCCUGCUCUAAGGCAUCCCCUCCUCACCCCAUCUGACAGCCUUCUUAUGCACUGUCAACAGUAACAACUCGCUUCUGUCUUCCUUUAGUCAGUCAACAUUCCACAGCUGGGGAUGAAGAAGGCUCCUCCUGUCCUCUUACACAUUCGCUCAUAUUAUAACCCACCUGAUCGGCCACAUCCCUGUCUUCAGUGGCUGCACCAUUAUUCAUCAAUCAACUGGACUGUUUAUCUUUACAAUUUAUUCUGCCCUUGUGAAUACAUUCAUUUACAAUACUUCUUCUGGAAUGCUAGCCCUCCACAAGCUAUGGAAAUACUAUCUCCUCCAAACAGACAAGUCAAAUUCAACUACUCUAGCAAGUUUCUUCUCUGAAUUCCCAAGGUGUUUGAUUCUUCUGUGAUAUUCAUUUGUUUCUCUGUUAUAGCACAGAUAGGUAUGGACAUGUCUGACACCCAGGUCUUCAUAAACCCCAAGGUAUUUAAUAGUAUCUAACAUGAAAACAAUUCCUCAAACUGCUGAAUACCUGUGAAGCACAAAGAAUGAUUAAAUGUAAGCAUCUAC